UCGAUGCAAGCUUCCCCGCGUUGCUGGAUAUGGAAGGCCUAUGCGAGAGGAAAGCCAAGGUGGGGCCAACGUCUCGACGAUAAGAAGUUUCUAAGAAAAAGUGAAUCGAGAUGCCCAAUAAUGGCAUAGUAAUAAUCCUACAUCCUUGAACAAGCGUUUGGCACUUGCGCGGAAGCAUAUAAAUGACCUUACCAGACCCUCUAUCCCGCUUCUUCUUCAAGUCAUUGUUGCUUCAUUCAUUUUGUUUCGUUCACGCCACAGCAUCUCCAGUAUGUCCACCGAGCAAGUCCUCGUCUCCCUUGCCAAGAGGACAGUGAUUCCUCAACAUCCUCUUGGCCCUUUGACUGCCGCUGAGAUAUCAGAGAGCGCACGGCUAAUCAAGGGAUCAUGGCCAUCCAACACCAACGUUCACUUCAAAAGCAUCACCUUGCAAGAGCCGAAGAAGGCACAGCUUCUUCCUUUUUUGGCUGCUGAGCAUUCAGGGAGACGUACCCCCACUGUCGAGAGGAAGAGCUUUGUACUUUACUACAUCCGCAAUACCGAUAAACUCCACGAAGCCAUUGUCAAUUUGAGCCUCGGAAAGGUUGAAAGUAACCUUCGGCUCGGCCCAUACGUCCACAGCCCCGCCGAUGGCGACGAGAUUGUCAAAGUCGAGAAGAUUGCAUUGGAAGAUGAAAAGGUGCAGGCUGAGAUUGCCAAACUUCAACUUCCUGAAGGGACGGUUUUAAUCAGUGACCCUUGGAUUUACGGAUCCGAUGGAAUCGACGACGGGCUUUUCACCGAUGCCAAACGCAUGUUCCAAUGCUUCCUGUACAUUCGAGACCCGAACAAUGCUUCCGAGGCUGAUGGAAACCAUUAUGCUAUGCCACUCACUAUUUCUCCUGUCGUCAGCGCGGAGACUAUGACGGUCACCAGAAUAGAUAUCCUGCCAACAGGUGUUGAUAACACCAUCAGGGAGCCAUCCCCAUACAAAGCCCACCCACCAAACGAAUACAUCCCAGAGGCCCAAACACUGCGAACCGAUAUUAAGCCAUUGAACGUGAUUCAGCCAGAGGGUGCCUCGUUCACCGUCAAGAAUUUCAGUGAACAAGGCCACGAAAUCGCAUGGCAGAAGUGGGAUUUCAAGGUCGGCUUCAACCUACGAGAAGGAAUGGUUCUCUACGACGUUCACUACGACGGUCGACCACUUUUCUAUCGACUUUCUCUUUCCGAUAUGAACAUCCCAUACGCCGAUCCUCGCCACCCAUACCACAAGAAGGCUGCCUUCGAUCUUGGCGACGCAGGAGCAGGUAUCAUGGCCAACAACCUCCAAUUGGGAUGUGAUUGCCUUGGAUCCAUCCACUACCUCUCAGCAAUCUUGAACGACGACAAGGGAGAGCCACUCCACAUGCCCAACUGCGUCUGCAUCCACGAGCAAGAUGCUGGUAUUGGUUGGAAGCACACAAACUACCGCACUGGUCGAGCAGCCGUAGUCCGAAACCGAGAGCUGGUCUUGCAAUCAAUCAUCACAGUCUCAAACUACGAGUAUAUUCUCGCUUUCCAAUUCAAUCAGGCCGGAGAAGUGAUGUAUGAGGUUCGAGCAACCGGUAUUCUCUCUACUCAGCCCAUCGAUGAAGGCAUCACAGUCCCAUGGGGAACCGUCGUCCACCCAGGCGUUCUUGCAGCCCACCACCAACACAUCUUCUCCCUUCGCAUCGACCCGAUGAUCGACGGCCCCAUAAACCGUGUCGUCUACGACGAAGCACACCCCAUGCCACGCUCUGACUUCAACCCUCAUGGUGUUGGAUACACCGUGAGCGAAACACCCGUCACGACAUCCUGCGGGCUGGACCAGAACUGGGACGUCAAUCGAAUCUUCAAGAUUCAGAACGCUGGCGUGAAGAACCCUAUCAACGGCAAGCCGGUAGCAUACAAGAUCAUGGCACCGCCGUUCCAGAAGAUGUUGGCCGAUAAAGACAGCUUCCAUUUCAAGCGCGCCGAGUUCGCAGACCACAAUAUCUACGUGACGUCCUAUAAAGACGACGAGCUCUACGCCGGUGGAAAAUACACCAACCAAUCUCGCGGCGGAACCGGUGUGCGGAGCUGGGCUGAUCGCAAGGAUAACGUACUGGAUGAUGACAUUGUUGUCUGGGUCCAGUUUGGGAUCAACCACGUUCCGCGGAUCGAGGAUUUCCCCGUGAUGCCGUGUGAGAUUUUGAAGGUUGCGCUGAAGCCGGUGAAUUUCUUUGAGAAGAAUCCAGCGCUGGAUGUGCCGCAGAGUGUGCAGAGCUUUAAUAAGAGCGUGCUGGCGAGUGUAAACCAUGGGCAGGAGGCCGGGGAGGGGGUUGUGGAGAAAGGGGGUGAGUUGUGCUGUGUUAAGGAGAGUAGUAAGUUAUGAGGUGGGUGCCAGCUAUAAAGUAGCUGUAACGGGAACUUUAAGUCCGGUUUUGGUUUUUAUGAAAGGCGUUCGGAUGGGUAUACCAAGGAGAAUGGCUAGCUAACGUAGCUCAAAGUCAUGCAGAAAUACCUGUACUCCAAUCUUCCGUCUUUUCUAUGCAACUUGUGCUUAUCAUUGCAAGCUGAAGUGAAUCUCGGAAGCCCUUGACUCUCAAAGACAAAAGUAUCGAGCCGGAAGUUCAAGUAGCUUUCUCGCCACGAACUCAAUGGCACAAGCAAAC